CCCCCCCGGUCUAUUAGUUACUGCUUUUGGAGCUUUGUAUAUGAAUUAGGGAUUCCAGGGAAAUUAGUCAUUUGGAUAAAGGAACGAGGUUUUAUCUAGGAAUGUUUAUGCUAUUCAAAGGAGUGAUUUGCUUUUGUAUGCUCUGAUGUGAGCAAAGUACGAAGGAGUUGUGCUAGGGUUUCUCUAUUUUCAUGGGGAGCACCGGUGAGCCAGACCGGAAGCGCCGACACUUGAGUUCGGUAUCACCCACGGCCGCUGCUGCCAAGAAGCAACCUUUUUUGCCAUAUUCGGAAGAUAAAAAGCUUGACACUGCUGUACUGCAAUAUCAAAAUCAAAAGCUUGUUCAGCAGCUAGAAGCUCAGAAGGUUGAAUAUUCUGCCCUUGAGAAUAAAUUCUGUCAACAAAAGGAGAAACAAUGUGAUUAUGAUGACACACUACAAGUGGUUAAUAGGUCGUGGGAACAGCUGGUUGAUGACUUAGAAUCCUGUUCUAUUCGGACGAGUAGCUCAGUUGGCAGCAGAAAGGAUGCAAGCUAUUCUUCAGGUGGUGCAUCAUCUCCUGCUGAGGAUGCUUUUAUGGAAAGACUUCUGGAGACAGGUGCAACAAAUAGUUGUUCACCAAAUGGCUCCCUCAAUCAUUUUGAAGAUGAUAAACAAAUAUCUUGCGUGAAGACUACAAACAUCUUACGAAAUAUAGUAGCUGGCAUUAAUGACCUGUGGCAUUAUAAAGAUGGACUUUCUGGUCCACUUCUGGAGGCGUUUCCUGAAGAUGAGCACUGCAGACACAAGAUAUCUAAUGACUUACAGUCAGAGGUUAAGAACUUAAGAGUGGCUCUAGGUGAUCUUCACUUGAAGCACAGGAAAUUGGCUAGUGAAGUGCGGUGCUUUCGAGGCACCAAUGCAAAGAAUAAAGCUGAACUCAGACGUCUCACAGGAGAGUUGGAGUGUACUUUUGCAGAGUUGGGAGAGAGCAACUCUAAACUGGCAACCCUGAAAGCCCAAAGGGAUGCAGCACAAAGUGCAUUCUUUCCUGUCUUAAAUGUGGGUGGUAGACAUGCUGCUGGAGAUAAGAUCAGAGAUAAGCAGAGAGAUCUGCAAGAUAUGGAGUCUAUACUCAAGGAGUUGUUGGACUUGGCUUCAUCUCGAUUGGUAGAACUCAAGAAUCUUUACAAAGAAAGGAUAGAAAUUCUGAAGCAGUUGUCUCAUUUGCAGCAGAAUAGUUUGAAGGAUGUGAAGCAAAUCUGCUCUUCCAAUGCCUAUUUGGUGGUAAGAGAUCGGCUUGAAAAAUCAAAAGCAGAAGUGAUCCGGUAUCAGUCCUUAUUUGAGAAACUACAGGUUGAGAAAGAUAAUUUCACCUGGAGGGAAAAAGAAGUGAACAUGAAAGUUGAUUUAGCUGAUGUUUUUCGAAGGGCUUCUACAAUUACUGAUUCUAGAAUGGGUGAGCUAGAGAAGGAGAUGCAAAAACGAGUUGAUGAAAGAAAUCUUUUGGAGGCUAGGCUGAAAGAAGUUUCAGGAGAACCAGGAAGGAAAGAAAUCAUUGCUGAAUUUAAAACCUUGGUUUCUUCACUUCCCAAGGACAUGGGUAUCAUGCAAAGCCAACUAAAUAAAUAUAAAGAGGCUGCUUCGGAGGUUCAUUUGCUGAGAGCGGAAGUUCAAUUUUUGUCCAAUAUUCUUGAUAGGAAGGUAAAUGAGUUGGAAAGUUUGUCUCGUCGAUCUGCUGACCAAAAUGCUGAGAUUGAGAAAUUGCAGGCUGUGGUCCAUGAUUUGAAGGAGAGUGAUCAGGAGCUAAAGUUAAUUCUAGAAAUGUAUAGACGUGAAUCCACUGAUUCCAGGGAUAUCUUAGAGGCUAGGGAUCUAGAGUACAAGGCAUGGGCACGUGUUCAAAGUCUUAAAUCUUCUCUUGAUGAACACGGUUUGGAACUGCGUGUCAAAGCAGCAAAUGAAGCUGAAGCCAUAUCUCAACAGAGGCUGGCUGCAGCAGAAGCUGAGAUUGCUGACCUGAGGCAGAAGUUGGAAGCUUCUGGAAGGGAUAUAUGUAAACUUACGGAGAUACUGAAAUCUAAGCAUGAGGAAGGUGAAGCAUAUCUAUCAGAGAUAGAGUCUAUUGGUCAGGCGUAUGAAGAUAUGCAAACUCAAAACCAACACUUGCUACAACAGAUCACAGAGAGAGAUGAUUACAACAUCAAGCUUGUUUUAGAGGGUGUAAGGGGAAGACAACUGCAAGAUGCUCUGCUUAUGGAAAAGCAAACCAUGGAAAACAGGUUGCUGCAAGCUAAUGCUUCACUGCAUUUAUAUGACCUGAAGACUCUGCGUAUUGAAGAUCAGCUGAAAAUGUCCUCAGAGCAGGUUCAGAAACUUACAGAAGAUCGGCGGCAUAGCUCAGCUGCUUUUGAAAAUACCCAAAAGAGAAUCACAGAUGUGAGGAAAGAAUCUCAGCUGUUAAGGAUUUCCUUGGAGGAAUCACAAUCCAAGGUUGAGAGAAGCCGAGUCAGUAUUGCAGAGCUGCAGGUAGAACUAGAGAAAGAGAGGUUUGACAAGAAAAGAGUGGAAGAAGAAUUGGAUGUUGUGGCAAGGAAAGCUACACGUCUUAGUGCACACAAUGAGGGAUCAUCUGUGGUGGAAAAGCUUCAGAAGGAAAUCGGAGAAUAUAAGGAAAUACUCAAGUGUGGUAUCUGUCAUGAUAGGCCCAAGGAGGUUGUCAUCACCAAAUGCUUCCAUCUCUUCUGCAACCCUUGUGUCCAGAGAGUCCUGGAAACUCGCCAGCGGAAGUGUCAAUUAUGUUCUACUAGUUUUGGGCCCAAUGAUGUAAGAGCUGUUUACAUAUGAGCAGAAAUGUGUGCAAUGUAAUGCUUCCCAGGGAUGGCAAUGACCAAACUCAUCAAUGCUCAUUUAACACGAGACUUGACGUCUGGGUUGCUGCGGUUAUCUUGUACAGUUGUGGAAGGGAAAUGCUGUAAAAGAAGAUAAGAAUGCAAGUGGGCAGGAAAUUGGUAGCUUCUCUCUCCACCCAUGAAAAGUCUGCUCGUAUUUGUUUGGCUGUGGUUCAUAGGUUGUGGAUUAGCCAUAGCUUCUUGAGUUUUACCAUGUGUGUGUAAAGCGUGGUUUUUCCAUUUUACUUCCUGGAGCCUUUGGAAUGCCCUGAUUGAUUGCUUGUCGAUCCACCAGAAAGCUUCUGCCUUGUCUCUGGCUUUGUCCAUAGAUCCGUCAAGGUGGGUGGUCAGUAUGGUGAAUAAGAAUACCAUUGGUGAGCACUGCCAACUUAGUACAGUUGCAAUGUUUUGCAUGUUGCUUAAUGUUGUUGAUCAUAAAUGUGGGGUGUUAUGGUUCAGCUGAUUAGAUUGGAUUUGGGUUCUUUAGCUUGUGGUAUAUUGGGGGUUUUUAGGUUGGUCAGUUUAUGUUAGAUCCUGUAAUUCAAUUUUGUUGUUUAAAGAAAAAAUGAUCUUUAAAGCCAUUCUAUC